GAACCUGAAAAAAUAAGGAUUCAAAAGGAAAAAAGUUGUGGCUCAAAAGACAAGAGUACCCGUAUGUCAAAAUUAUGUUUCAUGUCAGAGUAAAGCACUUGGACGGCAAUGAAAUUUUAAUGACUUUGAGACUUAUUCGUACCGGCUAAUCGAAGCAGGUUCAUUUGUUUUGAAUUCAACUGGCGAACGCCGGUAGUAUAAGAGCAGCGACAGAGAGAUUUGAAACGAUUCGCCCGACCCAAGUCAUUUUACCUUCAACUUAUCCAGGAUGUUUAUACAGAAUUGACAGGUCGAUAACAAACGCAAAUGAACCACGGACAGCGAUAUGCAACUUGAAAAGAAGAUAUAAGAAGAAUGAAUUUAAAACGCGAACCUGUAUUUCCAGUGAUUUUUGACGAUCGUAUAGUAAUCAACGUGAGUGGACAGAUUUUCGAAACUCGUGAAGAAACACUUGCACGUUUUCCAAACUCUCUACUGGGAAGCCAUGGUAAGCGACAUAACUACUACAUUCCAGAAUUCAACGAAUACUUCUUCAAUCGAAACCGUACUGCAUUUGAAGCAAUUCUUUAUUAUUAUCAAUCUCAUGGGAAACUAAGAAGACCUAACGAAGUCCCUAUCAAAGUAUUUAAGCAAGAAAUUGAAUUUUUUGAACUUGGGGACGAUAUACUGCAUGCUAUGUUAGUAAGUGAGGGUUAUAUCGAGGAAACCAGACCUGUAUUUCCGACCAAUACGCUUCAGAGGAAAAUGUGGGAGCUUUUUGAGCAUCCUGAUUCGUCACCAUUUGCAAGUACGAUCGUGGUUUUUUCGAUUCUGAUGAUAAUAGCGGCUGUGUUGACUUCUAUCGCCGAGUCGAGCGUUAAACACGACUAUUUAGUUCAAUCAACAUUACUAAAUACCAGUACAAAAACAUCGCGUUCUGUCAAUGAUCCUUGGUUUGUAUUGGAAAUCAUAUUUAAUACAUGGUUUAGCUUUGAGUUCGCGGUACGCUUUGUCGCCUCUCCACGAAAGUGGCAAUUUUUGACAAGCAUUCUCAAUGUUGUGGAUCUAAUCGCCAUUUUACCUUUUUACAUAACCCUUGCUCUUGAUAGUUCCAAAAACAAUUCAGUUACUGUACUAAGGGUACUGAGAAUCAUACGUGUUUUUCGUAUGUUUAAACUUUCUCGCUAUUCAAGAAGUCUUCAAGUUAUUGGAUAUUGUGUAAAAGAGAGUAUUCGGGAACUAGGACUUCUGAUUCUUUGUCUGUUUUUAACUGUCGUUGUAACAUCGAGUUUGCUGUACUACGCAGAACUUGGACAUGCGAGGACAUACUUUACAAGCGUUCCGGAAACAUUUUGGUUCUCACUACAAACAAUUACUACAAUUGGGUAUGGAGAUAUGGUGCCCUUAACGCCUCUCGGAAAACUUCUAUCGGCCGUGUGCGCCAUUUUUGGCGCCAUUACACUAGCCUUGCCCGUACUAACUUUUGUCUCGAAUUUUAAUAAACUGUACUAUAGAAAUAUGGAAGAAAGCAUUAGCUUUCAAAAGCCUAGUGACGAAAAACGCCCAAGUUUAGAAACCGAAUCAGUGGUUAUUUCCAACUUUGAAACUUCAAAAUCAAAUAAUUGAGGCCUUGGCACUGAUCAUUAAUAUUUAUAUAUCGAAGUGCAAAUAUUAAAAAUGGCUUUUUGCUUGUGUUAUUUUGAUGAAAUUAUGACGAGAGUCCAUAUUGUUGAUAUAACAGUGAAUUUUAAAUGGAAAAACAAAGUAGGUGAGCACCACAAGGAGCCAUUCAAAUAAACGAAAAUAAAUCAAAUUAGCAUGACCUAACAUGGCACUUGAACUUAACACGCACCCUGCUAAAAGUACCAAUUAUCAGCUAAAUCGCUUAAAAAUAAGACAAAUUUCUUAUCUUAUACCUUAGAUUUUAGUUUAUAUAGCGUUUAUUCGCCAGCCUGUAGAUUUUAACGGGAAAAUAAGUUGCCAGACUGUGGUAUAUUCUAAAAUAAGCGAAAAAGAUAGAGUUGGAUCAAAACCUGYAUACGAAACAAUAACAACGGGGUUUAUUACAGAAGCAUAGCAGGUGAGUUAAGACUCGGUUCAUACAUGUAUUAAUAACAGUUAGUAUGCAUCAGUAACGUAGUUAUAUUUUCGGAAAACCGCGGCUUUACACCUCUCGGAAAGGGUUUUUUAUUUUUUAUUUUUUGCCUUACUUCCUUUUUGUGUCAGGACAUUGAUAAAGGGGGGAUUAAGGGGGAAAAGGUGAUCACUUACAUCAUAUUUACAUCAAAUURACAACCUUUGGAAGUGCGCGAUUUUUUCCAGUGAUGACAUUGACUGCACGCUGGAUUGUAUGGAUUGUACUGUAGCUACUAGUAUAUCAAUAUAACGCAAAACAUUCU